AUGCAAGAAGCUCAAUGGGGAUUACUGGGAGACCGGAAGGCCGUGAUAUUGCAUCUGCUUACUGAUCUCGAUCAGGACAAGCAUUACAGAUUCGAGCGCUGCGUUGUCCGACUUUCUUUUACUGGCGACGAUUCAGCCAUGAGGUCGAGUAACAAUAGUGCGCCUAAUCCUCCUGAAAUACCGCGCUUGAUACACCCCCCAGUCCCUGCACACUUGAAGGGUAUGGAUCAUGUGAAGAACCGUUCGAAACGAGCCACUGGGCAGCUCAAUAUUGAGGCAGGUCCAGCCACUGUGGGAGGGAGCCUGACCAGAAGCUCGGAGUAUGAGACCAAAACAUCGUGGAACUAUACCAGCCACUGGGAUCGAGGGGAGUCGAGUGACUACAUGGGUCACUACACAAGAGCGAGUUGGUGUUUGGAAAACCUCGGACGCGAUCAAAAUGACGAUGUUAGCAAACUAUACGCAGGUAUGGUCUUGAACCAUUUCUCCAGCCCAGUCUUUGUCUCUUGCUCCGUCGAGGCCAAGCUUUCUAGCCGUCUACGGAUGUUUGAGCGGUUCAAAAGUAAAGAUAGAACGCCCACUUUCAUCGAGAUACCCAUGCCAAAGGCCCUGCCACCCACGGAUCUUACGGCUGCUGUCAAGGGGUUGGAAGAGAACAUCCAAGCCAAGAUGUACCGGGGAAUGGCGAUCGAUCGUAGCAUUGCCGCUCUGCGUAACUUCGAUAGGUCCCUUCCGCACGUACAUAAUUCCAAGUCUGAUACAAGUUUGAACCACGUGCAAGACUUGGUGAAGAGCGUCAAAGAUAUUGUUGUUGAGCCGUCAAGACAGCCACGAUUCUUGGGACAGAGCGGCGGAAUUACCCUCGCCAGAUUGGUCAUAUCAGCAAUCCGCGUCGAUGCCUUGCCUUCUCCUCUGCUAACUGAGCCACGCCCAUACAACCCUUCUUCAUUUUCAAUGGCAGCGGAGGCUUCUCUUCCACCGCGCCAGGCCGCGGAUCAUCUGGUAAAUGUCUACUUUCAGUACCACACACCGCAUCUACCCGUCGUGGAGCGUGCCAGGGUGGAAGAGGCCAUUGAAAGCGCAUAUCAGGCCAUGAGUGGCCAGCAACUCCCGAACCGUGCCGUAGAAGAGGAUAUCUUCAUAUGUUACAUGAUUCUCGCUAUCGCCCUCUGCGAUGUUUCAAACCCAUCGGGAGGUCGACCAAGUCAGAGUGAGGGAUGCUUCAGGUCAGCCAUGAGUUGGUACGAAAAGGUUGUCGCGAGCUCAAAAAGCGAUGUCGAGACCCUCCGUACUAUUCUCCUUUUGGCUCAAUUUAUUGCAUUAUGUCCUUCUCAGGGAAGCCUGUGGAAUUUGACUGAUAUCGCUUUACGUUUGUCCAUCGACAUAGGCUUGCACUGGGAAAGUGAAGACCAUAUUGCGAAUCUUGAUCCGGCUAUUUUGUACGACCGCCGGCGUCUAUGGUACUCGACAUACCAAUUUGACCGUAUCUUGUGCAUCACACUCGGUCGCCCUUUUGGUAUUAUCGACGAAAGUGUACGUGUGCCAUUUCCAAAUCCUUGGGCUGUCGAUCGAAGGACCUCUGGCAGCGAAUCUAUCGAACUAGACAUCCAUAGCCAACGAGCUCAUAAUAAUUUAUUUACUUUAUCCAAGCUUGAGUCUGAGAUAAAACAUGCGCAACAUAGCCAGACUUGGGCUCCAAAACUAGCUUACCCUAAAGCAAACUAUGCUGUCUGGGUUCAGGAUAUCAAACCUCGUCUUGAAGAAUGGUACGCAACUAUUCCACAGAUAAAUAGGGCUCACCCAUUAUCCAUAUUUGCGCAUCAAGCGUAUUGGGAAUAUAUCUACAGAAAUGCAAUUCUCCUGCUGUAUCGGCCCAACUCAGCAGGAUUGCAAACAUCUCAGGAACAACAGUUCUCUCUUUCCACGCCUCUUGUCGACUAA